ACUCUCUAGAAUCUUCUUCUCUCCAUAUCUCUCGAAUCACGGAAACUCCUUUCUCAUCGAAAUGGCGCGUGAUAACCAGCUUUCAUGCGACGGCGACGUUGUUUACGCGGUGGAGGAAUCUCUCAAUUGCUGCACAUGCGAUACCCCUUCGCACGUGACCUGCCAUGCGUCUGAUCGCUCCGGCGGUGUUGAUCGCUCCGGCGGUGUUGAUCCUCUUCCUGUUUCCGGUAUCGUGGGACACGAAUCUGCUGGUGCCGAUGAAUCUAUGACUGAUGCGGAUGAGACUAAAAAGAGGAAACGGUUACUUAGUGGGGAUAUUGAAGAGAAAAAGAGUGACAGAGAAAUCGCGAGUUUCGAUGACGGUGAAAUCACACCAUUGACUUUCAAAGUGCAACAUUUUGACUAUUAGUCAAAACUUUAAGCUAUCCAAUCUAU